AUGUCUGUCUACGUCAUCACCGAAGUGUCGAAGGGGAUCGGGUUCGAGCUCGUCAAGCAGAUCUCAGACAAUACCAACAACUUGGUCGUCGGUCUGGUCCGCGAUAAGAAUUCAACUAAGAAGAUGGUGAAAGCAGGGCUGGGCGAGCGUUCCAAUGUUCAUAUUCUCUAUGGAGACCUCACGAGCUACGCCAGCCUGAAGCAAGCCGCUGUCGAUACUGCGAAGAUUGUUGGUGAGUGUGGCAUCGAUUACCUAGUUGCUAACGUAGCGUAUCUCACUCUUUUCAAUGCUUUCGAUCCCCUUGGUGCAUUGAGCGACAAGGUCGAAGAGCUGGAGGAAGUCUCAUCCAAGGUAUUCCAAACCAACUUGACCGGCAACAUCCAUCUCUUCAAUCUCUUCCUUCCUCAAGUCCUCAAGGGCAAGGUCAAGAAGGUCAUUGCCAUCUCUAGCGGCCAUACGGACCUUGACUUCAUCAACGACUCCGAGACCGAGUUCUCUGCUUUUUAUUCUGCCGGCAAAGCAGCCAUGAACGUCAUGGUGGCCAAGUAUAGUGCCCAGUACAAGAAAGAUGUGUGCUCUUCUUCAGUAUGA